AAUGGAUAAAGGUGCAAUUCGAAUUUUGGUUUUAGUGAAAAUAUUUUAUAAAAUUAGUGUUCCGUGUUUUGGGGAAAAACCAAGUUAAAACCUAAACGCCAGAAAUGCAACUCAAGAUGGAAGCACAGACGCAGCAACAAUUGCAACAACAGCAGGUGCUUGUCAAACAGCAGCAACAACAGCAACAGCAACAUUUGUUGGUGAAUAUCAAAACGGAAGUGAAUAGCGGAGAACCUCAAGUGCCCGCUGCGUCGACCCCAACACUGCAGCAACAACAAACGGGAGCAUCGGCUGUUGAGGACCAACAGCAAGUUGCGCAGGACUUACACCAUACACAAUCCGCGCAACAAACACAACAACAGCAAGCAUCACAGCAACAACAGCAAAUUUCUAGUCAACCAAAGUCGCAUACCCCAAAUCAACAGCAAGAGCAACAACAACAACAACAACAGCAACAGGCACAACAGCCAGCCACAUCAGUGGCCACAUCGGUUGCGUCCAUCGUCGGUGCUCAGUCGCGCUCCAGUGAGGAUUACAGCAUAUCUUUGCCGCGCAGCACCCAACAUCGACGGAUAUUGACUACAGCUGGCACAUUCGAGGUCAACGAUAAUCGCGAGGGUGACCAGCCAGACUCUCAGCCGGAAUAUCAUCACCAUCAGUCACCCGCCGAUUAUGUGGUGAUGGCACCGCGCAAUGAAGAUCAUCCACCACCAGGCACCGCCGUCUACACUUACACAACCACCGAAAAUGGCCAACAAAUUAUUUGCACUGAAACUGGUGCCGCCAUCAAGCUCGAGGAUACCGAAAAAGAUCAGCAAGCAAGCGCGGAGGCGCAACAACACCACCAACAACAGCUGCAGCAGCAUCAGCAACUAUGUGCGCCACCCGGCAGCGGUUACGGCGAUACGAUUGUUGUAUCCGCCGCAGCAUUGCAUCAACACCAGAAUUCACAUGGCGUCAUCAAUGCGUCAGCACAUGGCGGACAUCCGGGCGCAGCAUUGCGCUUCGAUCCGGAUGGCCGAUACAGCAGCGUCCUCCAAGACAACGGCAAUGGACAAACGAUUUACUAUGAUGCCACAGUGGUGGAUGCUGCCGGACAUCCCAGCGAAGCAAAAACGUUUACCGAUUUGGGUAAUUCAGAGUACUAUGCGGGUCCUCCGUCGUACGCACUGCCACCGCCCAAUAAUUCCAUUUAUAGUGUACCGGGUCCAACACAGCUGAUAUGCAAAUCGGAUCCGAAUCUAGGCGCUAUACGCCAAACGGGGCAAUUUCAGUCCUUGAUUGAGCCGAGCAUGCAAGAGCAGUCGAUUUGGGCGCCGUCAAAUGUGGAAUUCUCUGGUUAUGUAGUUGAUGACUAUGGCGCAGGCAAUAUGACUGCGACGCAUUGGCCAGGCGCGGGCCCAAUCACCGCUUACGAAACACCCCUAGCGCCAACCAUCUAUGAGUCGCCCAAAUGUGAGAACUGUGGCGCGCACUAUAUACGCAAAGGUAACGACUUCUACUGUCCCAGUGGCUGCAAUCAAUUGCGAUCGACGCAUGUGCGCAUACCAGCGCGUCAGGCCAAGCCGAAAGCGCCCGCAAACGCCAACAAUCGACGCACCGGCGUCACCUGCGCCAACUGCAACACCAACACGACGACACUGUGGCGACGUAACAACGACGGCAAUCCCGUGUGCAAUGCCUGUGGUCUGUACUUCAAGCUGCACAACACCAACCGCCCGCAAUCGAUGAAAAAGGAUGGCAUACAGAAGCGUAAACGCAAGCCAAAGAAUAAUGGCGGCAUGACGACUAUGAAGCCAUUGCCUUCGCUUCCAGGCAUGUCACAGAACGUGACACUCAUGACACCCAACGGCACGAUCUAUCCCUCGCAAGUGCCAGCUUUGAGUUUGUCCAUGAAUGGCGGUGGCGGUAGCGGUGGUAUUGGUGGCGGUCCGCAGUCUGUGUCGGGUGAAUUACAUGACAUGUCCGUGAGCGGUAGUGGCUCAGCUGGCGCAGGCGCUGGCUUAAUACCGGCCGGAGGUGUGGGUAGCACUGUGGUGGUUGCUAGUGGCGCGAGCAGCUCCGUCACCGGCACCGGACCGCGCAGCGUAUCGAUCGUGCACCAUGUGACCGGCGACAGUCAGUCACCCUACCACAACCCACCAUCACAAAGUCAAUCGCCACAUUUAUCCAAUCCCUCACCAUUGAAUCGACAGCCAAUUGCUCAGAGUGUCCAAUCGCUUGAAGCCACACGACCAGCUAACGGCGAAAUACCAACUAGCGUUAUAACGCGCACUGGACUACCAGAACGCUCCUCGAAUAAUUGAGUGGCCUUACGUCAUUCAUAGAACCCACUCCAACGCAUCAACUCUCCUUCGAAAUGAAUUUGGCAGCUUGAGUCAUGAAUUAUUUGUGUUUGUAAAAAUAUUGCUUAUUAUUUUAAGAUAAAAAAAUUAGUAUAAAGUAAUAACGAAAUAGUAAUUUUCUUCAAUUUGCUUGCCUUUAGCUUUAAAAAAAUAAUUAGUAUAACUUAGUGCCAAAAAUAGUGUUGUCCACAAGUACUAGAGAAUUUGUGCAAUACAGUUAGAGUUAGACAGAAUAAGCUAUACUUACGUGCUAC